GUCAUAAACAAAUGUCAAAAUAAUACCGGUAGGUUUGUUCAUCUUACGUACAAGGACCAUCAUGAAAUCUGAAGUUCCCGGUGGAAGUGAAGAGAUGUCAGCGCUUGAGAGAAAAUGUAUAGCUGCCAGUGAUAAAGUGAAGAUGAAACAGGCUGGCUUGUUGAAGGAGGACAUGCAAAGACUGUAUGAGGAGGGGACACACGGUGACUUAGAGCUGAGUCUUGUAGGGACAUCACACACUCUACACGCCUGUAUAAUUAAGGCCAGGAGCUUGGAUGUAUUCAAAUGGCUGAACAGUGAGUGUGAGGAAGGACAGGUCAGUCUGUCCCAACUGACCACUGACCAGCAGGCGGUGGUCAACACUUGCCUCAGGGCUUUUUACACAGAAGACGAUCUUUCAGAACAACUGGAAAAACUCUGUGAGGUUGCCAAGGGAACAAACACUGAGUUGCAUCAAGAACAAACAGUUUCAAAUGAAACAAACAGUGAUGUCUCUAGAAUUACAGUGGACGGGUUUGAAAACAUCAAAGAAAUCUCUGAAAAUAUCACAAACGCAAGUUUGGAUCGAGUUAAAAAAGAAGGAUUAGUGACAAGUUCUAAUACUUAUGUAGGAAAUGUUAAUGAGAGAAGUAUGCUUGUAAAUAACAGUAAAAAUAUUGAAGCUCAUGCUGGAGAUCAACAAACUGCUGAGGUUGCUGCUGUGAAUAAUUAUGUAGAGGAUGUUGAAGCCAAUACAGAUGGACACAUCAUAGACAUUGCUAAAGAACUUGUUGAAAACGCAAUAGGAGAAGCUAUUGGCAUUGUAGCUGCUCCAAAACAUAUGAAUAGCUCUUCAGUUGUACCUCUAGUGGACUCUUAUGUGGUUCACAGACCUAAUGUUGAGACUAGCUCUAAAGUAGAAGAGAAUGAACUGGAACAAACUCAAAACAGUGAAAAUAUGUUUUCAAAUUCCUGUACUGCUUCAACGACUCCAUUGUCAGCUGAAUUUGGCAAUGGCGUGAACUCCAACAACUGUGUGAGAGGGCAAGCCUUUAGGCCAACAAAAGAUUGCUGUAGAUGGAGUAUCAGGGACCUUCUGAUCCAAAAGUUUGGACUCGGCACCAAUGUGGAGCCCAGUUCGGGGCUUGGGGCAGAUCUCCUGAGGCUGGUGCUGGAUGGGGAGGGGGUGGACUGUGUGAUACAUGUGAAUGGGAACCAGAUACCGGCUCACAGGUGUAUACUGUCAGCACGGUCAGAGUAUUUUGGAGCUAUGUUGGGAGGGACAUGGAAGGAGGGCCGAGAUAUUCACCUUGAAGACAUCUCCUUACAGAAUGUCCACCAGAUGUUAUUGUACCUGUAUGGAGGGUGUGUGGCCUUGCUCCCGGGGGUGGGGCUGGACAGCCUCACAGCUGUGUCAGGCAUGUACUGUAUGAUGGGCUUCACAGAGACCAUUGUCUUCUCACUCACAAAGGACUACUGCCACUUUUUCCAUAAGCCUUGCACAACAUGUAUAGAAGGUGUGCCUUACACGCUGGCUGUAGCGAUGAUGUACAGUCUUGAAGAGCUCAAGGUCAAAUGUGUCCACUGGGUGAACAGAAACUUCAACACCAUGUGGGGAACACGAGCACUACUACGAUUGCCUGUUGAUGUCCUAGAGUACUGUGUUAAAACAGCAGAGGCUGAUCUGAAAGUUGAUAAUGUAAUAGAUACCCUCAUCACGUGUCGCCAACUGAAUAACAAGACACCAAAGCUGAGCUGGACAGAGCCACUGUUCGACAUGGUUGUACAGCUGAUGGAUGCUGCUAUAGAGUUUGCCAGCAAGAACUUUGUCAACCUUAUCUCCAAGACUAAUCUCUUCAAAAUUGAUAAGAAAGGCCUACCAUUUAACAAGCAGCCCAUUGAGGAGAUAUUUAGCAUGAUAAUUGCCGCCCUGAACCCAGAGAACUCGUGCGAGGCAUACCUGGCCAUACACAAGUGGGUGAAGACCAUAGAGACAGCACAAGGGGAAACAGAAGGAGAGAAAACCAGCCUGUAUCAGCCGUUCUCUGAGGAGUUUGUGGAUCUGAUCAGUGUAUUGUUUCGGAAGAGCAGGGACCAGCUGUGUCAGUACAUACACCAGGUGGUGGACACUCAGGCCUGGGACCUUCUGUCUACAGACAUGCAGGCAGAAAUAAAGCAAGCUGCCAACUAUGUGCACAUUGAUGGAACUAGGCCUAAGAUGAAACGCCCAAAACUUUCUAGUGAUAACAGAAAGAGAUUCAGUGGCUCAUCUGGAAUUUCCCUGAAGGAGUAUAUAGAGGGACAUGGAGGUCACGCCGUUAUUCCACCGAUAAACUCGAAAAAACAGCCUUGCGAUGUAGUUAGGUCAAAACAGGUGCACUCUGGCCAGAAGGGUGAAAGAAUGACUGGUUCACAGCCGAGGAAAACAGACAAACAAGUCAAGCCAGCAACCAGUCAUAACAUCGAGAAUAAAACUAAAAAGAAAACUGAAAGAAAAGAAAAGAUUGAGAAAAAAUCUCAUCAUCAAAGUGAAAAAGAUGAUGUGUCUGAUAACUUUGACUUUGUGGCAGAUCUUGAAGACAUGAGAAGGCGUGUGGGUGAUAUUGAGUUGGUCAAUUUACCUGAGCCUAAACAUAUUUCAUUGGAUAGAUUAAUCCCCCUUUUGUCUUUCACAUGUGUAUUUGGCCAACAGAUAUAAGUUUGUUUCUGGCCUAUUUCCAGGCAAUGCUGCAUUGACAUGUUUGUUUUUGUGACUAUUUUAAUGUCUUAGUAUGGGACCAUGUUGUCAAUUUUGUUUUUGUGUCACUUGCAAAGCAUGGCAGACACAAAAGGAUUACUUUGUCUAGCGGUGUCCACAUUGUUGUUAAACUUGGUUACACAUUGAUUAUCAUGGUUAGUAGAUGACCUAUAUUGAUUUUGGGGUCAAUAGGUCAAGGUGAACUGCUAGAAAAAAAGUAGGCACUCCCAACAUGUGACACUUCUGAUUUGCAGAGUCUAGUUAUAUUUAACUAAGCAUAAUAUGCCAUGCUGUGAUGUUGUUGUGGCAAAGAUUGUGAUAUACUAUUUGUUACUGAUGUGCAAUGGGGAAUUGUCAUCAUUGUGAUGUUUAUUUCAUAUUUACAUGUUGUAUUCUGUAUUUUUUAGUAAGCAUACCACAAGUAGCACUAUUUGUUAUGCAUAAAAUAUCACAGACCAACUACUCAGCUGAUUUUUUUAAAUUCCAAAAGAUAUUUAAGAUAAUGGUACACUAUUAAAUGUAUGUCCUUGCUGUAUUCGUUUGGUUUUACAAGUGCUUAGAUAUUGGCCACACUUGUGUGCGUGCCUUUGCCAACUGUGAAAACCAGAGGAGCAUUCAAAUCCCAUUGUGCAACUCUUGUUAAUUUUUUUGUACUUUGUAUUGUUAAAAGUCAAACUUUUAUACUGUACAUACAUACUGUACAUACAUGAUGCAUGAUGCAUGUUACGUUUUCUCACUUGCUGGUCAACGUGGAAAAUACCAUGUACAUUUGUGAAACUUUUUGUCUCAAAUGUUAUGAUUAUGAAGAUGUCCUAUCCUUGAUUUGAUGGUAAUCUUUUAUAAGGUCUGUUUUUCCAACAUAGCAAAUGUAGUUAUUGUCUGGCUUUAUUUAUUGCAGAGAUUUAACCUUUCAAAAAAAUAAAAUAAUGAUUUGCAUGUCCGUCCUUCUGAUCAAGUCAUAUUACCUCUGUCUAUUUUUUAUAUAUUCAAUGAAUCACAAGUCAAAUAUCGAUUCAUCAAUAAAGACACAGCAGAGUGGGUUUUGCUGUCUGCUGUAUUGAUUCAAGCUACCAAAGACUUGGCAGAGUAAGUUGACUAGGUGCGCAUGUGGGUGGGGGAGAUAUUGCAACACGAGUCACAAAUAGAAUUGGUCAUAUCCAGUUGGUAUUACAAUAAGCACUGUUAUGUUCUUAAGUUAAGACAAUGUAUUAUGAACAAAUUUAAUGUAUUAAAGGAAUGUAUUAUUACAUCAAAUGCUAAGUGAUUUAGAGAUAUAUAUGUUGAGCUCACUAGAAUGGACUUGAUUUCAGUUUGCAUGAUUUUAUCAAUUUACAGAAAUAUUCAACUUAACUCAUCAAAGAUAUGUGUAAAUAUUGAUCCAUGUUGAUAUAAAUUAUGUAAGGUUGUGUUACUGAAUGUCAGGCUAGAUUUCACUCGGCAUUUUAAAUUUCCAAAAUGUGUUUAAAGCAAAUUAAAGAUAUUACAAUAACUUUAGCGAUGAUUUUCUUAUAAAAUGAUGUAUAUUAUGUUAAGACUUAUAUUCACAAUAAUAAUCAGGAUGCAGAAUCAAUCAAUAUAGUAUAAAUGAAUAAAAUAAAUACCUGGUGCAAUUGUUAACAUAAUACAGAUGUGUGCACAUGUUAAGGUUGAAAAGGAAAAAUUUACGUGUUUUAAUUAUUACGAAAAGUAUUUUUAUUGUUGUGAAUUAAUAAUUUUUAAAAUGGAAAAUAAAUUAUUUGUCUGUAAAUCCUUUUUAAAACAUUGAGUUAUGGUUGUGAAGAUAUGAUAGCAGUUUCAUAAACUAUAAGAAUGAACUUGGGGAUUUAUUGUACGAAAAUUAAUAUUUCAAUGAAGUAUAUAAUUGUACAGUAAGUUUGACAAUGUACAACACAAAUGACCUGUUUUGACAAUCAGAUAUUAUUGUACAUGAAAGGGAAGUAACUGUUGUGUGGAGUAGGCUUGAACAGCACGCAGACUUGAGAAGUUAAAUUAAUGCAUAGGCAGUGAAUAAAACUUUACUUAAUGUCCAUAUUAUAUUUGGAAGCAUUGUCUUUUUUUCAUGUUUUUGCUCAGAAGCUUCAAAAUGCUUAUUAAACCAUAUGCAAAAUGAAAAUAACUUUUUGGCAGAAUAUGCAUAAAUACUAAUAAGGCAACAAAUUUUUCAUAACUCCCCAUCGAUGAGAUGGCCUGCCUGGACUUCUAGGAAUAUUGUUUAUCUAAGUUGUGUACUCGUUGCUAGUUUCAAGUUGCUGUUAAGUUAGGUAUUUUGUUUUGUUGAAACAUGUGCGGGUAACUGCAACCACCACCAGAGUUAUUGAAAUGAUACACAACGAGGUUGACACGGGUGUUAUGUUUAAUUUCAUUCACAGAGCUUGCCUCGGUGCAAUAAGUAGCAUGGAUAUAUAGAAAUAUCAUUACGAUUUAUCAACAUGCUACUUAUUGCAUGGUAGGAAGUCUACUUCCCGGUUACAAUUGUGAUAUAAAAACUAAUGUAUAAAAAAAACAAAGAAGACACUCCUAUAUAACAUAUGAUGUAUGUUUUAAUGUCAUGAAUUAUUCUAGCUAAAGAACUUCAGUGAACACGUUAUAUAUUACCUUUUGGGAAGUAUUCAGCUAAAGAACUUCAGCAAACACGUGAUAUAUAUUUCUUUCAAAGAUGUGUUUAAUGUGUGGUUAACAUAAAAAAAAAAUAAUAUCUACAUUAAAGUUAUGGAAGUCAGAACUAGAAUUAUUCCUGAAUCAACCUGGGUACAAAUGAUCACCAAUGAAGGCACCCUGCUCAAUGUUAUCAGUAUUGUUAAGUCUAAACUCACAUUUAUUAAUGUGCAAUGCUUGCUCAUCUUUUUUCAGAAGAAAAAAAUAUGUAGGCUGUGCAGUGCGUUUUUUCACCUUGGCUAAAACUAUGCAAGAUUUUAAAAAAUGAAACUUGGUACAUAUGUACACAUGUUGCAGGAGAUGAUAUGAAUAGCAAGGCCCAUUACUUUGGCUUUGAUAAGUUUAAAGUUAUGCCCCUUGUUCUACUGAAGAGAAAAAAGAUGAGUAUUGAUUUUUCACUCCACGGCACUCCGGUUUUAUACUCUCCCAGCAUGUAUAAUGUACAUGUACGUUUUGCAUAGAUCAUUAUACAGUUCAUAUAAUGUCCUUAUGCUUUGUUUGUUGUUUGAAAUAAAUAUAUA